UUCCUUCUCAACUUGACUGUCAAUGUGAGACACGGGUCCGACUUCACUCAACUGUCGUGUGGCGCACUUGUCCAACUUUACCCGGUGUCACGGAGCAGAUGUACCCGGAGGAAGUUACCGGCGCGGUUUAACAUCUCACCCCCCCCGGUGUAUUAGUGUGACUGAGGCCCCCAAAAGUUCCGGACCUGAAACUUUUUUCAUCUCCAGUUUAGGUAAAAAUAAAAAUGGCAGACAGCGAGCACGUCUCUUCCACCACUCCUCUUUUCAGUGAGGAGUCGCACCACUACGAACCAGAGACCGACGUGGAGCCCAAACAGGACCUCUUCAGCGUGGAUGAUAUAGUGGACUUGGUCGGAGGGGCUCAAGACGCCUUGGAGCGCCACUUUGCUGAAGAUAGUGCGCCACACGAGUCCACAGAAUUUUCCGUCACCCCUGAACCAGAAGAGCCGGUAACGAUAACAGAACCGGAGCCAGAGGUGUCGGAACCAGAACCGGAGCCUGAGCCUAUCCUCCCAGACUCCACUAGCUUUUCAUUUGUUCCAGACACUCCUUCUUUUGUCGCCGAGGAGCUCGGAGAGGAAGUUGUUGUCGCCAUUAAAGUAGAACCGGAGAGCACGAAGACAGCACCGGAGCCAGAGGCCAUCCCCGAGCCAGAACCUGAACCGGAGAGCGACGCCCUCCCCGCGGCUGAACCCCGGAAAGAAACCCCAGCCCCCGCAGAAGCAGCAGCAGCAGGAGAGAAACCUGCAGUGACAGAGGAACCACCGGCUCCGGCAUCUUAUGUACUUCUCCUUCUAAAGCUCAGCCUCAUCCCUCUGAUGCAAUUCCCAACAGCACUUGGGCAGAAGGGUGAUUCCCCUGCUCCCAUCUCUCCUCUCUCUCCUCUUCACUCCCCCGACUCUCUGGAGGAGCUUUCUCUGAGCGAGAGUCCCAACCAGCCCCCUACUUCGGGAUUCGCUGCAUCCUUUGCCUCCUACUCCACUGCACCCCCCACUAAUCAGUCCAAGGACAUGCCUUGGGUCGGUGAAGAGGGUGACUCUGGACCGGGUCGUAGUAAGAUUAAGGAAGAUUCCUUAACUGGUCCUUACCUGAGUUUAGGGAAAGACCCAGGGCCUCAUAAUCCGUGUGAAGACAGCGGCGUGUCUUUCUCACCCGAGGAGAAGAUGAUCAGCUCAGACAGGUCCUCCACUGGCCCUUCCCCCGUGAACCCCCAGAUGAAGGUACCCGAGUCUCACCUUGCCUCCUCUAACCCAACAGAGCACUGGGAUUCACCGUUUCUAGCAUCCCAAGACGACUCCAAGGCCUCAAUGGAUACCUUCUCCAAGGACUCGGCUCCCAUUAGCUCUACCAGGUAUGAGGCAGACAACCAGUCUGAUGACGAUGAUGAUCUGAUGUAUGAGGUGAAGAAAAACAACAACCCAUUUGAGGGCUAUUCCCCACUGGCGGACAGCGGCUACUCCAAUUUUGGAGAUUCCAAGUCCGACAGCAAGCCUUCAAAAAUGUCCGAGUCCCCUACUCCUGAUCUGGUCCAGUAUGGUGUGAGUGGAGAAUUCCAGGAUACCCCACUAUCUUUCUUAGACAAGGGGGAAAAGUUUGAGACUGGAAAGAUGGCCGCUGAUUCGCUCAUGCAGUCAGUGAAUCAGUUCUCAUCUGACCUGAAAGAUGACGAUGAAGAGGAUUCUCCUCUACCGACAUCGCUUCCAGACAUCCUGAAGACUUCCCCGCUCAACCCAGAGAAACUGGACUCCGGCUCCUCCGAGGGAAGCCCGGAGCAGAGUCCCAUUCUUGAACGGAGGAUGAUGGAGUCUCCCAACCCUCCAAUCAAUCUGUCGGUCAACAAUCCGUUUGCCUUUGAUGCCAAAGUGUCCCUGCUGAAGGAGAUGACUGAGCAGUUGGAAGUGAAGUCGACCGACAAACCCAAAGUCGAAGACGACCAAAGCUUUGGCGCAUUCAAUCUUGUCAAAGAGAUGGAGGAAACAACCCCAACCAAGGUCAAAGAGGAAGAACCGGUUACGAUUGAGCAGAAAGAUUGGUUUGCAAGCCAAGAUUCUCUCAAAAUGACCGAAAAGUUUGAGCCUCUUGACUUUCAGAGCAAGAAAAACCCCGCUGAGGAUUCGGAUUCAGAGUCGCCAACAGCAGACUCCCUGUCUCCAGUCCUGGAAGCCAUGGCCAAGAACCCCGCUAGCUUCCAGGUGGAAACAGAGAAGAUGGACCAGAAGAUGAUGGAGGUUGAGGAGCCAGAGAUGGCAGAGGAAGUGUCCGAGCAUGAAGUGUCCUCUGAGGAGUUUGAGUUCAUCGAGCGACCACCAAGGGGCGUCAUUGACGAGUUUCUUGAGGCUCUGGAUACUUCCAAGUUUGCCUCCUCCAAGCCCCCAGAGAUCCCCAUGGAUGAUGAUCUAAGCUUCGGGCACCGAGACGUGGCUCCAGCUCCCCCUGAGGUCAAAGAGGAGGCUCCAAGCCAGAGCUCCUACCGCCUCCUCACCCAGGACUCCCCCCAGAAGAGCAAGGCCGAGCUGGAGAAGCUUGACAUUCAGCAGCCACCAUCCCAAGCUCCGCUCACCCACUCCCCUGUUCGCAAACCAGAAGAGGCAGUCGCUAAGAAGAGCAUGUUUACGAUGCCAAGCGUGAACAUAAGAGCAGUGGUGGAUCUCCUCUACUGGCGCGAUGUGAAGGCGACGGGCGUGGUGUUCGGCGCCGCGCUGCUGCUCCUCCUCUCGCUGACGUCCUGCAGCAUCGUGAGCGUCUUCUCCUACAUCGGCCUCGCUCUGCUCUCCGUCACCAUCUGCUUCAGGAUAUACAAAGGCAUCCUGCAGGCCAUCCAGAAGUCUGAUGACGGACAUCCAUUCAAGCAGUACCUGGACCAGGAGGUGGCGCUCUCUGAGGAUAUGGUCCACAAGUACAGCGACCUGGUCCUGGCUAAAAUCAACAAAGGCAUCUGCGAAUUAAGGCACCUGUUCCUGGUGGAGGACCUGAUCGACUCCAUCAAGUUUGCUGUGUUGAUGUGGAUCCUGACCUACGUCGGCUCCCUGUUCAACGGCCUCACUAUUCUCAUUCUCUCUCUGGUCGGUUUGUUCAGCUGCCCGAUCGUCUAUGAGAAGCAUCAGACUCAGAUCGACCACUACCUGGCUCUGGUCAGCAACCAGGUCAAAGACGUCGUUGGAAAGAUCCAGGCGAAGGUUCCCGGGAUGAAACGAGUGAAAAAAGAGUGAAAAAACGUCAAGUCGGAGUUUGUUUUCAGGAAGUCCUGACCGGAGAGGGGGGGUGGAAAGAGUGUUGUUGGGGGAGGGAGGGGUGAUAUCUGAAGGAAGUCUGGAGAUGGAGAUUUGGGGGGGGGGGGGGGAAUCUGGCUUGGACGCAGCCCUUCUAACUCUUAUUUGUCAAAAUAAUAAAAACACUUUUUUUUUCCAGUUCAGAAUUCCUUUUUUGUGUGUUUUCUGGGAAAGUGGAAGCAGGUCUGUUUGAUGAUGAGAUGUUUGUUUUCUGCGAGAUGCUGAGAAAUCACAAACACAUUUUAAUCUUUUAAUUAAACUCCGAUGCCCCCAUUAUCGGGUUUUUUUGUCGUCUUUUUUCCAGCUUUUUUCCCUUCGUCUGGUGUGUUUGAGAAGGACGAGGCGAGCGGUGAAAACCUCAUUUGUAUUUUCAUUUUUUUUUGGUUGAGUUAGAAGUAUUUUGUGAUUUUAUGGUUAACUGAAACGCCAUCGUGUCCCUCAAGCUUCGAGCUAGCGUCCUGUCGACUUUUGUGGGUGGGUGGGGGGGGGGGCUUGUACUACCAUUUAAAAACUUCAUUGCUUCUGAGUAACUCUAGUUAGAAACUUCUAGAAAAAACCUUUGCCAGACGAUUUAAACACAUUAAUUACAUACAAAGUCGUUAUUUCCAUGUCCAUUUGCUGCUGUUUAGUAAAGAAAACACGUUUACAUUCAUCCACAUCAGAUAAAAUAUUUAAAAAGUACAAAAAUAAAUGAAAGGGAUUUAAAAAAAUAAAUAACCAUACUGUCUGUGGAGCCAAUAUCUUAAAGUUGCAACUUGAUGUGACUUUUGGGAAAGCUUUUGUUUGUUAUGCAAGUAUAAUUGUGAAUGAUAAACUUCAUACUUCAAUUGUGACGAUAAAAAGCUUCCCGCCGGGAGCCGUGUUUGUGGAAUGCAUUGUGAGAUGUAAACAAUUAUCAAUAAAGCUUCUAGAAGAAGAAAA